UGUACAGGACAGAGCUCGGAAUAUGACCGGAUUUAAUUCAAUUUUUCUCGAAUUUGACCAAAAGAAAACACAAAAAAAUAUACGGUAGCAGGCAUGAUAUUAUGAAGUAACGAACAAUGUGAUUUUGAGGUGAUCGAAAGUUGAGUUUGUGUAUAAAUCGGGAUUUAUUGUGCUCUGAUUUUUUCUGAGGAUUGGAGAUUUACACAGCAAGUACAGUAAUAAUGUACACUACACUACUGUGUGUAAAAUAGCUGAUCUGUAGAAAAGGACUGGAAAGCAUGGGGGAUUACCACUCACAGAUGUGGAGGAUAGUUUCAGUCAUAUUAUUUCUAUGCCAUCGUCUUUCAUGUGCUUUUGAUGUGAAUCUAAAUGUGGACGCGGGUGCUAGUAUCGGUGUGACCAUUUUCAACGCCAGCCUUGGGCCGGGCUGGUCGUAUAAGUUACUACCAGUAAAGGGAAACACUGUUGCGAACCGUCAUGUGACGUCAUUCCUGUCCGUGGAUCGCCACGGUCGCAUCAUAGUCAAAUCGCUCCCAAGGUGCAUAAAUCGUCUCGGUCAGCAACAAAAUCCAUACACCGUUUACGUGAUUAGCGAAACAAUAAAACCAAGUACGAAUUAUUCUAUGAUUCCUGUCAACGUCCAUUUGCACGGACGAAACUGUUUUACAAAAUUCCGUCGGAAGUCUCAGAGAUUACUGUACAGUUCGCCUGUCCUGGGCUAUCGUCUUAAUUGGCAGCAAGGUGUUUGUUUAUCUCCUUACACUCAUAUUGUGAAUAUAUUGAAUAAUCUCCCUCUGUCAAUAAAAAAAUGCGUUGUGGGUUAUCGGACAGAUACUGAAAAUGUUCGUGUCCGUUCUGAUGGAUCUUUACAGACUCGUGGCGAAGUCUGCAUUGUGACUGACACCUGGAUUAUAGGGAUUAAAUUAUCAGUAAUUUGUGGUACGAACGAUUCUGAACUUCCGUUAAAGGUCGUACUGCUGAGUAAGAAUGGACUUGAGCGCGACUUCAAAGUCCAUCACUCCAUAAAACAUCUUCAUCGGAUGAAACGGGACACUAACGAUUUUACUCCCAUUUUUCCGGAACCUUACUAUGUCCGCAAUGUCACAGAAGAAAAACCUGCUGGAUUAUUUGUCGAUACGAUCAAUGCGACUGAUGACGACUCGGGAGCUGCUGGGCAGAUCACCUACUCCCUGACCGCGACGAGAGACGGCCGCAGCCAGGGCAUGUUCAAAAUCGACCCAAACUCUGGUCGAAUCACAACCACACAGAAGCUCGAUCGUGAGGAGAUUGGUGAACAUUAUUUCACCAUCUAUGCCAAGGAUGGGGGAACAAGUUUCAAAAACACCGGCCAGGCAUCGUUAACAAUCAGAGUAGAUGACGUCAAUGAUCAUACGCCAAGUUUUGAAAUUCCUCGAUACUUUCACGAGGAGGCAGAGACAGCAAGUAUUGGUUCAACUGUAUUGACUGUCCGCGCCACUGACCAGGAUUCCGGUGAAAAUGCCAAGAUCAAAUACUCCAUCAUGAAUCCGGAACCACCGAAUGAUGUCUUCAGUCUUGAUGAGUCGUUAGGCACAAUCACAACUGCGAAGAAAUUAGAUCGUGAGACCACCGAACAGUACACCUUGAUUGUGAAAGCGCAGGACCAAAGUCUGAACAUCCAGGAUCGGCGCGAGGCAACAGCGACUGUCGUCAUAACCAUCAAAGACAUGAAUGACAACUACCCACAGUUCGAGAAGAAUUCGUACACUGUCAGAGUGAGAGAGGACAUUGAUUGGAAGUCGCAGCCUGUAAUCGGCACUAUCAUGGCUCAUGAUGCAGAUCUGGGCCCGAAUGGGUUAAUACGAUAUAGUAUCACUGGAGGAAACACGAGGGACACUUUCAAAAUCAAUGAAGUAAAUGGCCAGUUGUCUGUUGUGAAGCAGUUAAAUUAUGAAGACACGUACGGGAAUAGUUACAACCUGAAAGUGCGCGCUCAGGACAGUGGCUCCCCUUCGAAGGCAAACAGCACGACAGUUCUGGUUGUGGUGGAAGAUGUAAAUGAUAACAGUCCCCGCUUCAUUACUAUGAACUUUCAGGAGAGGAUACUGGAAAACGUCGACCCUGGCUAUGAAAUUGUUCGAGUGCAGGCCUUCGAUCAAGACUCGGGCGCCAAUUCUGAAAUAUCUUACUCCAUUAUAAAUGCACCAGCGAAUAUGCCAAUCGUCAUUGACAGCAAAACCGGCCGGAUUACGACAAGUGGUCCGUUAGAUCGGGAAAAAACAGAUCGGUACUCGUUCAGUGUCCAAGCCCGAGAUCAUGGGACACCUCCGAGGUCAGACAACGCUACGGUCAAAAUAACGAUCACAGAUGUUAACGACAAUGCCCCCGUUUUUAAACCGAAUUUUUAUGAAAAGGCAAUUUCAGAAGAAGUGGCACCUGGUGAGCUGGUUGAGACAGUUACAGCAACUGAUGCAGAUACCGACCUUCAUGCAAGAGUUACCUACAGUAUCUCCGGUGGAAACACACGUCAGGCGUUCAACAUACACGGCCAGAGUGGUCUGGGCUUGAUCUCGGUCGCAAGGAAUCUAGACUACAAGGAGCAGAAUCGUUACGUUUUGACCGUGACUGCUACAGAUCCGGGCGGCCUCAGCACAUCCUGUACGGUCAUUGUUAACAUCACAGACGCCAAUACGUACCGCCCUGUUUUCAAAAACACGCCAUAUGUAGCGAAAGUGAAUGAGGAUGUCAAAGUUGGUGUCAGUGUGUUUCAGGUGUCCGCAACUGAUGAUGAUGUUGGGGAGAAUGCGCGCAUCUCCUACACCAUGGACGCCUCUGAUGUCUUCCGUCUCGAUCCUUCGACCGGUAUACUCUACACUAAGAAGCCACUCGACCGGGAGUCCACGCCCGGUUAUACCAUCAGUGUCACUGCGACCGAUCAUGGCCAUCCCAUCAAGUCUGACACCACUGAUCUAGAAAUUCAAAUCAUUGACGUGAAUGAUAAUUUUCCCGAGUUCAAGCAAACCGUCUACAAUGGGACAAUAAAUGAGAACGCUGUGGUUGGUACUAGUGUGAUAACGGUCACAGCGACUGAUAAGGAUCAGGGCUCUAAUGGCGCUAUUCGGUAUACCUUCGACGGUGGCAACAGUGGGAAUGGUGACUUCAGUAUUGAUGCAACCCUCGGGAUAAUUCGCACCGCCAAAGCUCUAGAUCGAGAACUAGUAGCCAACUAUGAGUUGAAGGCAUUUGCGGUGGACCGCGGCGCAAGUAAAAAAUCCACGGCGGUGAAAAUUAAUAUUCAGGUUAGCGAUGUAAAUGAUAACAGACCUAAGUUCGACUCCCUUGUAAUCAAUCUCGAUAUCAAUGAAAAUGAACCAAUCGGGUCGACGGUUGGGAAAAUCGUGGCACGUGAUCCGGAUGAGGGGCAAAAUGCGCAUGUGGAAUAUAGCAUCGUGGGUGGCGUGGAUCGAAGGCUGUUUGAGUUGGGACCAUCAAAAGAUGGCGCUGCGGUUAUAUUGUCAAAGACCGAGUUGGAUUACGAACGUGGUAAAAGAGAUUACGAGAUCAAACUUCGGGCCACUUCUGCGCCGUUAUUUUCGGAUGUACUUGUUGUUAUUCACGUGAAGGAUAUCAACGACAAUCCCCCUGAACUUCAAAACUUCAAAAUCAUAUUCAAUAAUUUCAUAAAUCAUUUCCCGACGGGUUAUAUUGGUCGAGUUCCGGCGCAUGAUCCGGAUGUUUCGGAUAAGCUGUCGUAUCGGUUCUUGUCGGGAAAUGAAGGGAACGUUCUCCACCUCAACACAACGACUGGCAUGAUUCGUCUCGACUCGAGACUCAACUCGGAUGUCCCCAAAAAUGGAACACUGAAAGUCAGCGUCUCAGAUGGUAAAAAUGAGAUCGACGCCAACUGCGAAUUAUCCGUCAAACUCGUCACCGACAACAUGCUAUUCAAUAGCAUCACUGUUCGCCUCAACAACAUGUCGCAAACGGCUUUCCUCUCACACAUCUACGAGCUCUUCCUGAGAGGUUUGGCCAGCAUCUUCGAGACAGACAAACGUAACAUCUUCAUCAUCAACGUCCAGGAUGACACGGACGUAGCGACAAAGAUUCUGAACGUCAGCUUCUCGGUGCGGAAGAUGAUCCGGAAUAACCAGGAGUACUUCCACCCGCCGCAGGACUUGAGGGAGAAGGUCUAUCUACGUCGAGUGCUCCUCGCUCAGCUGUCGACAGCAGAGGUUCUGCCUUUUGACGACAACCUGUGCGUGCGAGAGCCUUGUCUCAACCACGAGGUCUGCAUGACCAUUCUCAAGUUUGGUAACGCUUCAUCCUUCAUUGCGUCCGACACCAUGCUCUUCCGGCCAAUCAGACCAGUCAACUCGUACAAUUGUAGUUGUCCUAAAGGCUUCACAGGAAUGGAGGCUUCGUACCUGUGUGACACCGAGGUGAACCUCUGCUACUCGAGUCCAUGUGGAGAGAACGGAACAUGCAUCCAAAGGGAGGGAGGUUACUCCUGUGACUGCAAGGCUGGCUUCACUGGCGAACAGUGUCAGUAUGACAUGAGAAACACCAACUACGUCAAGGAUAGCUGCCCCGAGAAUGUCUGUAGACCGCCGUCGCGCUGUGUGCCCGAGACUGGCGGUGGAUUCAGCUGUGUCGGCUGUCCGAGGAAGGAUUACCAUACGGAAUUCUGCGAAGUUACGACGCGUGGGUUUACGAAAGGGACUUUCUUGAUGUUCCCAUCACUGAGGAGGACACACCGAUUCAGGAUUCGACUAAGGUUUUCAACACGUGAAAAAAAUGGAUUACUUUUCUAUAACGGACGUUACAAUGAGAAACACGACUUUGUUGCAUUGGAGAUUAUCGACGGGCAAGUUCAGUUCUCAUUCUCGCUUGGAUCUAACAUCACGACGGCCUCGGCAUUCGUCAAGGGUGGCGUCCAUGAUGGAAGCUGGCAUGAGGUGUCUGUCGAUUAUCUUAAUCGGUCUGUGACGCUGACCGUCGGUGAAGAUUGUGACCCAGCUUUGGCGAUCAACCACUUGGCACAAUAUGGUUCCCGGUGUGCGGUCACUGUCAGUCACCCCAUGGAAGAAAGAUGUGCCAUCCUGACUGAGUUCUGCCACCGCUACCUUGACCUGACUGGCCCAUUACAGAUCGGCGGCCUCCCGAACUUAGAAACCGAGUUCCAGGUGAAGAAUAAAGAAUUCAGUGGCUGCAUGAAGGACUUCUACAUCGAUGACGACUUCCUAGAUCUCGGUUCUUACGUUUAUAACAACGGCACCGUCGAGGGAUGUCCGCAGCUUCAGAAGUUCUGUGAUUCAUCUCCGUGUGCCAAUGGAGGUACUUGUCACAAUGGAUGGGGAACCUUCGUCUGCCGAUGUACUAACGAUUAUGGAGGUCAGGAUUGCAAGCAACGUAUUGCCAAGGCCAAAAGCCUUGCAGGGAACAGUUACCUUGUGUACCAGCUUGGACUGACCACCAUCCAGAUACCGUGGUAUAGCGGGGUAUCCUUCAGGACGACCAAGGACUCGGGCCUGCUCAUGCAAGUUCAAAUUGGCAGAGAUACAGCUGUCACAAUGGAGAUUAAGUCAGGUUACAUCCAGUACACUUAUCCCGGCGAGACGAUUCUAUUCGACACUGUCAAGGUGAACGAUGGAGAGUGGCAUUACAUCGAAGUCGGUUGGCUGAAGACAGCGCUGGUUAUAUCACUAGAUUAUGGCCAGGUGGAGCAACAGUAUGACAUGUCGACGUAUGUUAACGAGAAAACAAUAAGCGAAGUGUUUAUAGGUGGCGUGAGUGUGAACGCAGGUGGAAGUACCAAGGUGGAAAAAGGACUUACUGGUUGUGUCGAGAAUGUUCGGUUGGGUGGUAGCCAGAAUGCUGUGCUCGGUGUGCCUACGACAACAUACAAUGCCAAUGAAGGCUGCAGCAGUCCCGACCCAUGCGCGAGGGCGUCUUGUCCUGUCAAUAGUGAAUGUGUCAACAAGUUUGACACCAAUGUCUGCGUUUGCCAUAAAGGUUACUUUGGACCACUCUGCUCUGAGAUCUGUGAAACGGCCAAUCCCUGCAAACACGGCGCGACGUGUCGGACGUCUGCCAGCGCUUCCCACGGCUACCGAUGCGAAUGUACGGAGUUCCAUUCCGGCCAAUACUGCGAGAAUCUGAUUGGUCAACCGUGCCCAGCAUCAUGGUGGGGCUUCCCGAUCUGCGGCCCUUGUAACUGUCCAACGAGUAAUGGUUACAAUCCGAGCUGUAACAAGACAACUGGAGAAUGCUCUUGCAUGGCGAAUCAUUACGUUACUCCUGGUGGUCAGGUGUGUCGACCAUGCCGUUGUGAUCCCCUCGGUUCCCUCGUGGGACCAUGUGACCAGAAGACUGGACAGUGCCAGUGUAAGACCAGUGUGAUUGGGCGGCAGUGCAACCAGUGCGGGAGCAAAUAUGCUGAGGUCAAAGAAAAAGGGUGUGAAACUGUGUUCAAGAAAUGUCCCAAGAGUUGGAGUGAUCAUAUCUGGUGGAGGCAGGCGGAUUAUGGCGUACUGCAGACCAAGAGUUGUCCCCUCGGAACUGUUGGUAAGGCAACGCGUUUCUGCAGCAAGGAAAACAUCUGGUCCGCACCCGAUACCUUCAGUUGUAUGUCUAUCAACUUUGAAAAAAUGCAGGGCGAUCUCAUCAAAAUCGAGAAAGGUAAUAUGAAGAUGAACACAUUCUUGUCCAAAACGUUGAUGGAGAGGCUGGAUAAGGCCACGCGGGAGACAAAGAUCCUGUACGGAAGCGAUGUCGAUAUUGGCUACCGGAGCAUUAAGCAGGUGCUCAUCUUUGAGAAUGCACAAGCUGGCCUGAAUCUCACCCACACGCAGGAUAAAAAUUUCAUACAGAACAUGAUGAAUUCUCUCGAUCGCAUCUUCAAUCCCAAGUUCCAGAAGAUGUGGGGUGUGAUCCAGACGCGUUCGGGUGGGUCGUCAGAUCUCAUGUACCACCUCGAGAAAUACGUCACGACACUCGCAAGGAACAUGGAGGUCACGCUGAUACCGGCAUUCGAUGUGGUCACCGAUAAUUUAGUGCUCGGAGUUGACAAGAUAGCCAAGAACCUUGGAAACGAGACUGUCAUACCGAAAUAUAACAAUAAGGUGCAGAAUAUGAGGAUAUUUGAUAAAACGACACAGAUUGUGAUGCCAAAGAGUGUCUAUGAUCUCAAAGGUGUGCUGAGCGGCCUGAGCAAUCAACUGACAGACGACGCCGACGUCGGUUACAUCUUCUACAAAACUCUGGGAGAAAUCUUACCGUCGACAUACGAAAAGACAGUGCGCAUUCCCAAGAAGGUCCCACUGAAGGUCAACUCGCCCGUCAUCUCCUUGAAACUGAUCUCGAACAACAACGAAAUCACCGGUAAACUUCCCGACCCGAUCACACUCGAGAUGAAGCAGCUCACCGACUUCAACAGGACAAGUCCACAGUGUGUUUACUGGAAAUAUACAAACCUAACGUCUGGGUCCGGAGAGUGGUCGUCUGCUGGAUGUACCGUGAUCAACCGGACGGCCAUGAAGAUAGGCGCAAGCAUCAUCACGUGCCAGUGUAAUCACAUGACCAGCUUUGCCGUUCUCAUGGACGAGACUGAUGUCGAGUAUGAACCAGCUGGGCCGAUCACCGUCGAGAUCAUCACGUACGUCGGCCUGGUGAUCUCUUGCACCUGUCUUCUCCUGGCCAUGUUGUUCCUGUGCUGCCUUAGACGGCUUCAGAACAAUAUGCACAGCAUUCAUAUCAACCUGAUGUGGUGUAUCUUUGUCGGCGAGAUCCUGUACAUGUGUGGAAUAGGUGUAGUCAAUCCAGAGCUUGCAUGUCGAAUCAUCGCCAUCUUCCUCCACUUCUUCUUCAUGUCGGCCUUCGCUUGGAUGUUUGUCGAGAGUUUACAUCUCUAUCGGAUGAUGACGGAGAUACGGGACAUCAACACAGGAUCCAUGAAGUUUUAUUACGCAGUCGGUUAUGUGAUUCCCGGAAUUAUAGUUGGACUUGCAGUGGGUUUGAGCACCGAGAGUUACGGCAAUGGAAGCUUCUGCUGGCUGUCAACACGGGAUCAACUAAUCUGGAGUUUUGUUGGACCAGUGUGUAUAGUUUAUGUGAUGAAUGUGAUUGUAUUUUUCAUGGCAUUGAAAGCGAGUUUUAAUGUCAAGUCAGAAGAUGAACAGCAUUUAUUCAGAGUUGGCCUUGUGGCGGCCAUGUUCCUACUGCCGCUGCUCGGCAUGGCGUGGGUGUUUGGGCUCCUCUCCGUCAAUGAGAACUCCCUCGCCUUCCAUUACCUGUUUGCCAUAUUCUGCCUUCUUCAAGGCCUAUUCUUACUGCUGGGACAUAUCAUACUCAAUCCAAGGGCAAGAUGGGAGCUGAAGAGAACAUGGGCAAUUUGCCAAGGAGAGAAGGAGGAAGAUCUGGAUGAUGAUCUCGCGAACACAAGGACGACAACAUUAUCGCGGUCUGCCCUGGCUUAUCACCAGGAUUCAUCCAUUCACGACGGUCUCAGCCGCAUCAACAUGGGUAUAUCGACAACAUCGACCACAAGCCGCUCAACCAGUAAGACGAGUAGCGGCGGUUAUAAACCGGACGGUUUCACGCGGAGUACCGGCAGCACGACAACGUCGAAGGAUAUUCCGUCAGAAUUCCAAAAUCCUGCAUUUGGAUUUGAUUCGUCAUUUUUCCAUGAUAAGCCGGUCGGUGAUCCCGACACGGGUGAGGUUAGCAGAAGACGUCGCCGCCACGAUUCUGAUUCAGACAGUGACUUGUCAAUAGGGCGCGCUAGCCUCGAUCUCGCGUCAAGUCAUUCGUCGGAUGAUGACGAUGAUGAUGACGACGUGGGAUGGGGACCGAUGGUCCAGCCAAAAAAUAAAGUUUUAGAAAGGGUCAAAGCACAAACCAAACCAAAAGGCCCGCAGCAUAGUACACCUAUAGUUCCACCACCAUAUACGCCUAACAAGCCACAAGGUUGGCAAGGGGAGCUAGCGCCCUCUACAACUAGCGAGUCGGACGUCAACGGACCUGCGCAAAUAAAGGUCAAGGUCACGGAAAGACGAGGCAGCCAAGACAGAAAGUUAGGAAACGGUUACCGUAGUAACAGUCCACGGAGCAAGGAUACAAACGCGGACCAGAGUACCGAUCUGGAUUCAUCAAUCAGCACCAGAGGGAGUGUUGAUCAACCCCCCUCACGGCACCCGCCGCCCUACAAUAUAGCCAUUGGGAGCCGGGCGUCCACCCCUGCCAGUAUGACAGGCUCGCCGCAACGCCCCCUAUCUCCAAACACGAGUUUCCCCUCCAGAUCUAUGUCACCUCCAGGGGGCACUCCGCCCCGGAGUACCUCAUCGCCACAAAAUGUUCAGUCAGGGGAGCGCCCCCUGUCGCCAUCUCGACAUCCUAAGUCACCACUAACGAGUAAUCCACCGCAGGUUGCCCCUAAACCGCGGGGGGUGCCAGUACCACCGCCACGGAUAUCAGUCCAAGUCCUCACUCAUAACGGGAGCAUAUCUUCUAAUGAUGAAAGCAAAGCCUAACAAAUGAACGCUCUGGAUCAGGAGACGUCCGUAUGAUGUCUGUUACGCCCAUAGGUGGCGCCACCUUAAUCUCUGGGAAGAUAUGCAAUACAUCAGAACAUUCUGAGCGGUUUCAUAAAAAAACGUUAUUCAUAAUUUCGGAUUUAUUGUAAAAUUUUGUACAUAAUUAUUUUGUUAUAUUUUGUAUAUUUCGAACUGUUCAACAUGAAAUGUUGAAUUUUUAUUAUGGAUUUUAUUGGGACAUAUCAGUUUCACGUGGUCAUAACAUUGUGGUCUGUUUGGUUUAGUGCUGAAGUUUUCAGUGAUCUUAGUUUCAAUCAGAUGUAGGUCGUGUUUAGAAAUGUGUUGUUUGUUUUUUGCAACAUCCUAAAUUGGCAAAGUUUACAAGCUAACCACGUGGUUUUCACCCCUUUAACCUCUUGACUACCGCCUACCGCUAGAGCGGUCGCAAUCAAAUACACGUGUUUACCGCCUACCGCUAGAGCGGUCGCAAUCAAAUACACAUGUUUACCGCCUACCGCUAGAGCGGUUGCAAUCAAAUACACGUGUUUACCACCUACCGCUAUAGCGGUUGCAAUCAAAUACACGUCUUUACCGCCUACCACUAGAUCGGUCGCAAUCAAAUACACGUGUUUACCGCUAGAGCGGUCGCAAUCAAAUGCACGUGUUUACCGCCAACCGCUAGAGCGGUCGCAAUCAAAUACACGUGUUUACUGCCUACCGUUAGAGCGGCCACAAUCAAAUACACGUGUUUACCACCAACCGCUUGAGUGGUCGCCAUGACCUUUCUGUGUAUUGUUUGGUAUGACCUGGCUCGGCUCUACUGGUGUAUAGUGACGCAGGCAUGUUGUCUGCUACCCAUAAACUUGAACUAAGUCGUAUAGAUGGCGCUGUGGUGGCGGCGAAGACGGAGGCUUUGCUAGAUGCACGUGGUGGCACAAUAAUACCAAAAAAGGCCCGGUAUGGAACAGUUCAAAUGGCCCGGUGGUCAAGAGGUUAACGGGGUACGCCAUUCAUAGUUACUGUUGAGCCAGGAAAAUGGAAAUGCAGUUAUGCACAAUGCUGUUGUGCUGCUUUUAUCCAGCAGACAAUUUGAAAUAUUGCCACCUGGAAUAUAUCCAGAAGUCUUGGCUGCAAAGAGAUGACUUUGGCCAGGCUGAUGAAAUUGACCUUACAGUUACGAGGUUGUCAAAAUGCUAAUUAAGAUGGUUGCAAAAGUUGCAAUUUCACAAAAAGGUGGAAGAUUUUCGGGUUUCCUGUAGGUAAACGUUUGUCCCUUUUGUCACUGAAUGAUUCUAUUGUUCUAGCUAUCAAAUCAUUAUAGCAAGAAGGUGUUGUGAUAGGCCUAGAUCUACUUACUUUCUCAAAAUGAUACUCUACCUGUAUUUGAAACACAGUGAAGGGACUGAAAUACUGUAAAACGCAAGGAGCUGUUGCAAAACUUAACCCAGCACGCUUCUUGGAUCACCCUGUAUCAUGUCAUGGACUGAAUUAUCUGUAAAAAUUGACGAAAAGUACAGGUAUCGUGUUAGUUGCGAUAUUUUUGCAGUAAUUUAGAGUUUUAUACUUUUUCAAGGUAAAUUUAUGUGUGUUGCGAGGGGGGGAUUAUACUGUAUCAGUUUACUCUUAAUUUAGGGGAACUUUGAAAUAGAUUUUGCCCGAUUGUUUGGAAUAUUUUACCUUACAUACCAUCAAUAGAAAACCUAUGGAUGUAUGUUUGUCGCUAUUUUGAAAGGGGAAUUUAUCUUCUUUUGCUCAGGGUUAUUAUAUGUAUAAGUUGGACCAUAAUUCAUAUCAGCUGAAAUUGAUUAUCUCCUAGGGGGGACAUCCAUUUAGUAUGUGAACUUAAAAGUACUGGCAGGGGGUCGAGAGUUUGAGGUCCAUAAUUUCACACCCUCUUGGGUGGGUGAGGGGGAGAUGAAGUGGUUUAUUUCUUUUGAACUGAACAGGAAUUUUCUGAAAUAACUGCAUAGUUACAUUUUGACUAAAAAAUAUCCUAUUUGUGUUAACAGGCAAUUCGGUAUAUACUGUAUCUGUGGUACCAGUAUUGCGAAGUACACUGAUAUAGCCUAAAGAAUGAAAUUUGUACAGAAACGUCUAAGUUGCUUUGACUGGUAUUCGAACCACUGAUCUUUGGAUGAACUGAUACUGCCUGGCCACGUUUCCCUAAGAACACGUGGUUUGUGGAAACCAGCACACCAAUGCGGGCGGGCCGGCAGGGUGGUUUUGACUGUACAUACUAAUUGGAUGCCCCCUAGUGUGACAUAUGCUUACUAUUAUUUCUAUCGUCAUAGUUUUCCAUUCCAGUUGAUACUGCUGUUUGAUUUCAUCACAACAUAUCCCUACACCUCUAAUCGGCUUCAUCCCGUCCUCAUGAGGGGGAUGUCAGCCCGUAAAAGUGGUUACUUUAUUAGAGUUUUGCACCAAUUUGUACGAAUUGGGCAAUGUCAUUUUCACCUGAAAGGACUUUGAGGCAGCGCCACAGUUGGCAGAAACUGGAACUAAAUUUGAUGUUGAUUCAAAGCACUCAAAGUGUAUUAUCAGAACUAUGGUACUGUGUUGAAAAAUCAUUUCAAAGUAGUGCUAUUCUUUAUAGACUGUACUCGCAUGUAUUUGGAUCAUACUUAUCAUGCUACAUAUCAAAGAAUGUAUUUCUUGGAUCACUCUAAAAGACAGUGCCAUCUCAUCAUUUUAUGAGAGUACAUCUUAUAAUAUUGUUUUUUGCUUCUUCUAAAUGAUUAUUUCUUUUCAACAUUCCAUCUAUUUUUUUGGCCAAGACAUAUUCUUUCUGAAACAUUCCUGUAUUUUAAACUUUUCAUGUGCAUAAUAGAUUAAAUUCUAACAUACAUUUGUACCAUAUCCUGUUACAGUCAUACGAGUCCUAUUAUCGCUAGUUACUUCAUGACCCCUUUUCAAAUGAAUAUAUGGCAGCAGUAGGACUUGACGUCGCAGCACAACGGCAAUAGUUUGAUGUACGACAUUACAAAAUGCAGAAAUACUAUUCACUUGGUAAAAAAUUCAUAAAACAUUCUUGGUGAUAAACUAUGUCCGAAGGGCUUUAACGAUGGCCCUUUUACAGUGUUUUCUGUCCUUUAGUUAAAGGAGGAGUUUAAUGGGAGAUAAUGUUUGGCCAGUACUAAUGACAGUUACAGAGUUCCUGCCAGGUGGCAUUCUGAACUUCAGAGGUACUCUCUCUGUAGUGGCUUUCCACAUACCGAUACAUGUACACAGAAAGCAAUAUCAGACAGCGAAGUGGAUUCCAAAAUUUCACACCUUGGCUGCCCAAUGACGUUAAUAUACAUGUGCAUGUACAUCUUUAUUGGGAACCAUCUCUUUGAAAUGACGUCAACUACCGGUACACAAACUCCAUCUGGCAAUUCCUGAAUAAAAUUGAGCUCCUUACUUCAGCAUUCUUUGUGUGUUUUCAAUCUGAAGAUGGUUUAUGUUGAGUUGGAGGUGUUUUUCUCCUGGGAGACUUCCUCCUCCAAGAUGGGAUGAGCAUCUGAUGUGGUCCUAUGGCUGCUGUCUCAACAAGAACACUGAAUUACAAAAGUUGUGGCCUAGAAUUGUCUCCCAAUGUACUCCUCAUAUAAAAUGUGGGGUUGUGAUUAUUUGAAAGGCUGUACGAAAGAUUUACAUAUUUUGCGCUUUCGAACUUGAUCUGAUGUUUUGCUGGCCUUCUCUAUAUUGUGUUUAUUGAACAUUGGUGCUACGUAUCUGUACAUUGUGUCUUCAUCAGUUCAGUUUAUAGGUGAGCUUUCAAUAUAUAACGCAUCGUCACAUUUAUUGCUGUAAAUUGCAUAGAAAUGUGCAGAAAAUAUGUGGUUUUUACCACAAGAUUCCUGGACAUUAUCAUAUAUGUCUCAUACCAUUGAUAAGACCAUUUGAUAUUUUGCUUGUAUAUAAUGAGAAAAAAAUGAAUCAAAAACUGCACGAAGCAUAAUGGAUUAUUUUUAAAUUGUCGAAUGAAUUUUCCUUUUGCGUGGGGGGAAAGGGGAUUUAAAGAGAAGUAGGGGAAAGGUACCAUAGUGUAGUUAACACGUUGGUUAAAGGUAUCGGUUUGCCUAAGAAAAAUAUGUGACCCGCUCUACCAAAACUAGGCGCUUGUCGCAUCUGAACUUGACAGGUUGAUACGGACUUGUUGUUCAUUUCCCUAUUGUAGACCUUUUGUGAAAUGUGACCAAAUCAGUUUGUAAUAGAUUUCACAAAAGGUCUACAAUAGGGAAAUGAACAACAAGUCCGUAUCAACCUGUCAAGUUCAGAUGCGACAAGCGCCUAGUUUUGGUAGAGCGAGUCACAUAUGUGCUUACCUGGAGAGGAAAUGAUGACACAAAAGAAACAAACAAAAGAUGAGUUCAUUUUCAGGGGCGUAAGGCCGGUACUUAUUAUUUUUAUCUGAUUGUACCCCUCCAGCACUGUCAUGGGAGGGCCUUGUGUUGCAAAGGUAAACUAAUACCUUUACCCACCGUGGUUAGCUCCUGCCAUGGCUAUUACCGAAGUAUGUCCCUACAAAAAGUGAUUGGGAUUGAAAAAACUAUUAUAUAUUUGUAUAAAAGUGGAUCAGAUAAUUUCCGUAAUAGUUGGUGUAUUUUUAAAGAUCAGAGCUUGAGAAAUACAAAAUUAACAUACAAGUUUGGGAAAUUUCUGUAUGAAGAGUGGGAAGUCGGCCAGAGCCACUUAGCAGGAUGUCAAUAACCCAUUGUCAUGAUAUACAUAAAAAACUCGAUCUUAUCAGAGUCUUCCAAAUAAAAGAAAGAAAGACUCUGAUCUAAUCAACCUUUGCGGAAACAUUUUAUAUUUCUCAAGCUUUAGUAAGUGUCCAAACUCGCAUCCAUGUAGGCUUCAUUCCAUAUCCGACCGCUUUUUAUGUACAGAAUUGUAAACUUUGUGAAAUUAGUAAUUUUAUCACUGUUCAUACCUAUCUACAUCUGUAUCUUUUAUUCUCAAAGAAAUUAAAAUUGAAGUCAUUUGUAUAAA